GCAUCGCAAUUUCUCGACCUGACCCUCGACGUCCCAUGUUGUCUGGUCUUCAAGGACAAUAAGGGUUUUCGUCUAUCGUCCACCCCGCAUUGCUUUCUCGCCGCCGCUGUGUUUAUACUGCGGGGAAAUCUGGAAGUGUUGUAGUUUGGGUAUAUCGUUCUCGCGGCCCUUUCGUUCCUUCCCGCUGCGGUCAACACGACGACGCUACGACACACUAGACUCGCAUCAAUUAAAUUCUGCAUCCUUGCAGCGCUUCUUAAUUCCGGCAAUUGUUCCAGUUUACCUUUACAGGAGGUGUCCUUCAGACCUCCUACUCCGUCUUUCAUCAUGCGGCGCGGUGUCUUGAUUUUCCUCCUCGUCAACCUCCUCAUAGUCACCUUUCUGGUGCGCAGUGUGUUCACGCUUCUGUCGCUGCUCGUGGAAGAUGCUUCCGCCGACGCCAUUCAUCGUGCCGAGCUCCCCUCGCCGAAUUCCAGUUUAAUCGAACAGCGGCCGCAAAUCAUCCCCAAAAUUAUCCACCAGACCUACAAAAACGAGACGAUCCCCGAGGUGUGGAGAGAAGCUCAGCAGAGCUGCAUUGACUUGCACCCUGACUACGAGUACAUUCUGUGGACGAACGAGAAGUCGCGCGAGUUUAUCGCCAACGAAUAUCCCUGGUUUCUCGAGACGUUCGAUGGCUACAAGUACCCGAUUCAGCGGGCAGAUUCGAUUAGAUACUUUGUUCUGGCCCACUACGGUGGCACCUACAUUGACCUUGACGAUGGAUGCAACCGUCGCCUAGAUCCUCUUCUCGCCUACCCUGCUUGGGUGCGCCGCACUGUUCCCACCGGUAUCUCCAAUGACGCGAUGGGCUCUGUUCCACAGCAUCCCUUUUUCUUGCGCGUGAUCGAGCUAUUGCAGUCUUAUGACCGCCAUUGGCUUCUGCCGUAUAUCACCGUGAUGUACUCCACCGGCCCACUCUUCCUCUCGGUGAUUUGGAAGGAAUACAUGCAAACCCUUCCGAGCGAAUCGGCACGUGUGCGCAUCUUGAUGAAGGACGAGUACAACAAGCACUCGUGGAGUUUCUUCACUCACCACGUGGGGAACAGCUGGCAUGGCAAAGACGCCCGUCUGAUCUUCUGGAUGGGCCAGCACUGGAUGUUCCUCACCGUUCUCGGAUUCAUUCUGGCUGCCGUGGUCGGAUUCUCCCUCUGGUGGCUCUAUGUUCGGGUUAUGGUGCUUGGUUCGAAGUACCGCUACCGUUAUGCAAAGAUUCCUUCUUUCGUGACGGGAUCUCGGUUACCUUCCCCGACAAGAAUGUCGCGUCGGAUGAUGCCCACUCUGCUUCGCCGGGUCAGCUUCAAGGAAGAUGAAGAAGCGAACGGUGUUACGGAAACUUCCUAUGAACUUUAUAGUCGUCGUGAUUAAGCGUUUCGACUUACAACGCGUACCUUUACAGUCUUUUCGCGUUGGGACUUGAUGACAUCCUACUUUUCCUCUACCAUUUUAAUGUCUCCUGAUUUCGU